GACAGUUUGGGCUUUUCGUGCGUGUUUUUUUUUUCUUUAGUUGAACAAUAAAAGAUGGCGUCGUGCGAACGCUUGUUGUUCCUAUUGAGAAGGAAAGUGGCAAAAGAAAGGUUCAUUUAGAGAUAGUUGUACAUUUAUUCAAUAAAGAAGUGUAACUUGUGUUGAUUUGACCUGAAUUACACGGGAAUGCUAGAGCGUUUGGGUGACUAUGUUGAGAUCCACCGGGUUUUUCCGUGGGAUUGACUGCCCGUUUUACAGCGAGAGCUAUAACGGGAAGAUCGUCAAAAAUGGGUGCAACCGACCGUACUGUCACUUCAGACACAGCAACCAGAGAAGGACUUCCUAUGGAUCGUUUGAAGUCAGAAAAACUAAAGAACUCUCUUCAAGUACAAAUGAAGAAUGUUACGACCCAUUCAGCCCCGAGGUAGUGCUACCAGAAGACAAUCGCAAUGAGGAACCAGAGGUCAAGCCUCGAGCAGGCUCUCCCAUGGAAGUGGGCGCCAUGGAGCUCGAACUGGUCAAUCGCGCCAUCCAGGCCGUUCAGUGUGAGGUGGAGAGAGAGAAGAGGAGACUCUCACAUAUUGGGGACCAGGAAUACAAGCCCACGGCAAACUCUGCCACUGUGGCAACCAAACGGAAAAAGCCCACCCCUGUGGCUUCUCAUCAGGGUUACGACCCUGGGUGUUAUCAGAUGACACAAGGGGCUGAUUACAGUCCCACUCCUCGCUCCAAUAAAUAUAUCUUGGACUCGGAAAGUGAGGACAACCAUGGUAGUUCUCUGGAGUAUGUGCCCAAAACUGUCAGCAAAACAGCGAAAAAAUCGUUAAUUUUCAGCCCGACUUCCCGCUCCUCCAGUCUUCCCUCUAGCCCUCGAAGCUCCACUUCUGUGAAGUGCAAGUACACACUUGACACAUCCAAACCCCACACCGACAUGGAAUAUGACCCUCUAUCCAACUUCUCAGCCAAACUGGCCAGCAAAAACAAGGGCCGGAGGACACUUACCACUGAGGCAGAGACUAAGAAGGCUUCCCUGCCGACAAGUAAGAGGAAGCAAUCUAUGGAUGAGGAGUAUGUGCCUACGGUUAAAAAACAGCGGCCACAGCAACCGGUGGUGGACAGUCAGAAGUACUCCGCUUGUUUCUCGGAGUCUGACGGGGAGAGCUCCGGGAUGGAGUACCGGCCGACACUGCUCAGUCACAUGCAGCGAAGGAAAUUCAGAAGUGCUUCGGUCGAGGAUGGCACUCAGAGAAUCUCAGACGGGAAGGGCGACAUCACCGCCUCAAGGGUUCUAAAGCAGCAGAGGAACCAUAACUCCAGGCCAGAUCAAGGUUCCUCACACGGGGAGUCGGAGGACCUGGAGGAGUGCUUGGAUCAAGAACAGCCCAGAGAGAAGGUUCCUGAAAAGAAAGCGAAAGAAAAAGACAGUCAAAAGAAGAGCAGUAAGAACGGAGAAGAGAAAAGAGAAGAGAAACGGUCUUAUGGAAAAAGCAGUAGUGAGAAGGAGAGGACAGAGAGUUCCACCCGUGAUAAAAAAAAGAAACUUAGUUCAGAGAGCAUAAAGAAGACUGACAGGACAGAGGAUAAAAACAGACUGAAGGAUAAAGCUGCAUACAAGAGCAGGAAGGAUGAUAAGAGCACUGACAUCAAGAGCAAGAGUCUUGAGAAGGUCAAAGGUGAGUCGGGCCACAAGGACAAGGAGAGAAGCAGCGAGGUCAAGAAGCAUAAGUCAGACAAGACCCAUGAGAAGGACUCAUCCAAACACAAGGAUCAAAAGAACGGCAAGCUUCACUCGGCCGGGAAAGAGAGGGACCGAAGCAAAUUAAGCCAAGGAAGCAUGUCGAGCAGCAAGGACAAGGGCAAGAAAAGCAGCUUGUUGUCAUCCAGCAAAGAGACUAAGGCAGGUAGGCAGAAACAGAGGUCUCUGAGCCACGUGGAUCUGUUUGGAGAUGAGAGCGGAGAGGGGGAAGAGCAAGAGGAGGAAGAGGAGGAGAACAUCGUGAGGAAGUCGGCCACCGCGCACAGGCGGACAAGCCUGUUGAGCAGCAAGAGGGAUGUGGUCGAUCUCAGUCGCUCGUCUUCUGAGGAUGAAAUCGGACAGGAAGAUGACCGGAGCGACUAUGAAGAUGUUGAUUAUGGCGGUGUGGAUUAUUCCGGCCUGCAAGACGUGGACUAUGAAUCGGACCCCUUGGAGGAGUGCUUGCGGAUUUUUAAUGAGUCCAAAGACGUCAAAACUGAGGACAAAGGGAGGCAAGCCAAACAGCCACCCAAGGAGCCAACAGACAGUGAUGUUCCUGAGAGCGCAGUCAUUCCUGGACAGAAAAAACGACUCUCACACUUUGGCAAAGCAGAGCCUCGGUCGACGGUGAGGCCUUACCGGAGGCCCACGGCGCAGGAGAUGUGCUACCAGCGUAUGCAGAUAGCGCAGCAGCAGGCAGAGCAGCUAGCCGUAGCGGUGAAAGCCGCUGCAGCCUCCUCGUCCUCCUCCAGCUCCAAAUCCCCCUUUCCUGGGGAGAGGAAGAGAGUGGCCCAUCGGCCGACCCCCUCUGCUUUUUCUCCGAGAGGUUCAUCUGAGGUCAAGCUGGCUGGCUCCCGAAUGUUGUCCCCUACCAGAGUGACCCCCGAGCAGCUCUCUGUGAAGGCUCACACCAGUGCAGGCAUCCUCUCCAAGACCGUGUCCACCAGCGUGCAGAAGAGAGUGGCCCACACGCCCACUAUGAAGAGUUCGUCGAUGAAACGCCCCACCAUCCCCACCGAGUUUGGAGCCAAAGUCCCCACCGUGGUCCGCCAGCGCUACCUCAACCUCUUCAUCGACGAGUGCCUCAAGAUCAGCCCCUUGGAGCCCACAGCCUUCCAGAUGGCGCUGGAUGAGGAAAUGGUGGUGUACGAGCGCAGCAGCAGUAAGAACAUCUACCUGAAUGUGGCCGUCAACACUCUGAAGAAGCUACGCAACAAGAGCACACUGCCCACCUCCAACCCCCCCAAAUACAACGCACAAAGCGCCGGGCAGAAGGCUCAGUCCCACGAGAAGAUGCUGGGGGGCCGCAUGGCUGCCAAGACUAGCUUCACCAUCAACAGGACGGGCAAGCAGCAGGAGCUGGAGCUCACAGGAGCGUGUCUGUAUAUGAAGCUGAAGGAGUACCUCAUGACGGAGGAGCAGCUGCAGGACAAUAACUACCCCAGAUCCAACCCUGAGCGCCCAGGACACGUCAUCAUCCACAACGCCCCUGAGAAGAAGAACCCAGACCCCUUCUCCAAGGUGUGCUGCCGGUGUGGGGCCGAGUACAAGAUCAACGCCAGCGGCAACUGCGUGCGCAAGGAGGAGUGCAACCUCCACUGGGGCCGCGUGCGCCGCUACAAAGUUUCUGGCGGCUGGGAGACACACUACACGUGCUGCUCAGGUGCCGUGGGCUCUCCCGGAUGCCAGGUGGCAAAGCAACACGUGCAGGAUGGACGCAAGGAGUCUUUAGAGGGAUACGUAAAGACCUUCGACAAGCCUCUACCAGCUGACGGAGACGCUGGGGUGUUUGCCCUGGACUGUGAGAUGUGCUACACCAGGCAAGGCCUGGAUCUGACCCGGGUGACAGUCAUCAACUCCGAGCUGAGGGUCAUCUACGACACAUUUGUGAAGCCUGAAGCCAAAGUGGUGGACUACAACACAAGGUUCUCGGGGGUGACGGAGGAAGAUCUGGAGAGUACCACCAUCACAUUGAGAGACGUGCAGGCAGUGCUCCUCAGCAUGUUCAGUGCUGAGUCCAUCCUGAUUGGACACAGUUUAGAGAGUGAUCUCCAGGCCCUCAAGCUGGUGCAUAGUACUGUAGUGGACACGGCCAUAGUGUUUCCCCACCGCUUGGGCUCUCCCUACAAACGCGCCCUGAGGAACCUGAUGGCAGACUACCUCAAACGCAUCAUCCAGGACAAUGUUGAGGGGCACGACUCCAGUGAGGACGCCUGCGCCUGCAUGGAACUCAUGAUGUGGAAGAUCAAAGAGGACGCCAAGGUCAAGAGAUGACCUUUGACCCUUCUACUUCUACCUGUCACCGCUUCAGGAGAGAAAGACUGAAUGGAAGAGAGAGAGAGGAAUGAAAAGAGAAAGAGACGCUCCAUAGCCAUCGAAAUGCACUGUUGGCCUCUGCUCUAAAGGACCUCUUGUAGUUGUGUAUAUGUGGGGACUGGGCACAGCUCCAGGUUGGUGUUGAGAUGGAGGAACCCAGUGGUGGUGUGUCCUGCUGGAAGGCCGAGCUGUUGGAGCUGAGUUGCACUAUGGCUGUCCCUACUGUUAAAGCCACAGAUAGUUGAGAACCAACCGUUUGAGAUUGAUCAUGUAAACGUCAACGCAGCUAACUACAUAGCUGUUCAAAUACGCUAGGAUGCAGGCACGUCUCAAUUUGUUUUCUUUUUUUGUUUGUUUUGUUUUGUUUUUCGCUUUUUGUUUUGUUGCUGUCACGUUUCUUUUUUUUAUGUGUGCAUUCACACAUAGACAACUGCCCAUUAAAGUCUGCCGUAAAUGCACUUACCGGGUCAUUUAACUUGUGUUCGUACUGCAGAUAGUACUUUUCUUUAAAUGAUUGUUUACAUGGUGGAAUGUGUCGUUGGUGGUUCACAUAGUUGACAAAUGGCAAAAGACUUGAAACUAUUCUAAGUAGUAUUACUUAUAUUAUUACGAUUAGGAUAUUCUAUUAUUCACGCUUGUUUAGGGGAGACUGUAAUUGGAAUACACAGUGUUAAGUAGCUCACCGAGCAGUGCAUUUCUCCUUGUGUAGUUAAACAACGUUUCUGAGGCUCAGAACCCUAGGAAAUGCAUGAUAAUAAUACUGAUACUGAACUCACUAUGGUUUGUCCUAACCUCACGUAGGUAGAACAUAUACCUGCCUGCCACAGUAGCCGUCACUGACUCUUUUACAGAAACAAUAACUGCAGAUAUCAGUAUAUACAGUAAUAAUGGUAAUAAAAAUCAAAAGAAUGAUUUUUGUGUGAAAUAUGGAGCUGGCACGCUACAUUGUACAUAUGCCACUAGGUUGUUUUGUAAGUUUUUCUUUUUCUAUUAAACAAUGUUAAAUGACUCAA